AUGAAUAGCCGUGUUGAAGAAACGGUGGUGAUCAUCGUCGGCGCUGGUCCAUCCGGCCUCGCCACUGCUGCUUGCCUGUACCAACUCUCAAUUCCAUACAGAAUCCUUGAACGGGAAGACUGUAUUGCUUCAUUAUUUAACAAGAAAUCAUAUCAUCGACUUCACCUCCAUUUAGCCAAAAGGUUAUGUCACCUUCCUCACUUCCCUUUUCCUGAAAGUUUACCAACUUAUGUCUCUAGAGCCGAUUUCUUGAAAUACUUGGAUGAUUACGCAUCUCAUUUCAAUAUUAAGCCUAUCUUCGGGAACCUCGUGCAGUUUGCGAAGUACAACGAAGAUAGAAAGAGAUGGAAUGUGGAGGCGAAGAGAAUUGGUGGUAAGAAUGCGGAGGAGGAGGUAGAAGGGUUGAGUGAUUUUAAAGGUGAAGUUAUUCAUUCAACGGAAUAUAAAUCCGGCGAUAUAUACGAAAAAAAGAAGGUUUUGGUCGUUGGAGCUGGAAAUUCCGGCAUGGAAAUUGCACUUGAUCUAGCUAACCAUGGUGCAAAAACCUCCAUUGUUGUCCGAAGUCCGAUUCAUAUAGUGUCAAGAUGGUCGGUAAAUCUUGGAUUGAUGUUAUUGAAGUUCAUACCGUCAUAUUUGGUGGAUUCGUUGUUGGUUUUGCUGAUAAGAGAUGGUAAAUACCCUAUCAUCAAUGUUGGCACCUUCAAAAAUAUAAAAUCUCGUGAGAUACAGGUAUUGCCUGCUUUAAGAAGCAUAAAAGGUGGAGGAAAUGAGGUUGUUUUUGAGAAUGGGAAAUGCCAUCAAUUUGAUGUAAUUUUGUUUGCUACUGGAUUUAAAAGAUCAACCCAUUUAUGGCUUCAGGGAUAUGAUUGUCUUUUAAAGAAAGAUGGACUACCAAAACUAAUAUUUCCAAACCAUUGGAAAGGAGAGAAUGGCCUUUAUUGUGUUGGGCUUGCAAGACGAGGCCUAUAUGGAGCUGCCAUGGAUGCUCAAAAUAUAGCUGAUCACAUUUUUAAUCUAAUCUCAAAAUAAAAUCACUAUCUUUGAUUGAAAAUUAAAUAUAUAUUUGAUAGCUGGUUUUGUUUUAUUAUUGUUUAGUAAGACUUUUGUUUGUGUUUUAGUAAGACUUUUGUUUGUGUUUGUUUUAUCUUAAUUAAAAUACAAUUAUGCAUGCUGCAUUUGUCUAUAUAAAAC